AUGAGUCGCUACUAUUCAGAUUCGGACAAUGAAUAUAUUAAUCAUCGUCGACGAUCAGAUAAUGUACGUGGAUCAGGUUGGCAAUCACCGUUACCAACAUCAUCAACAAAUAUAAUACCAUCAUCAUCAUCAUCAUCAUCAUCUUCUGUAACACGUAUUGUUGUUGAAUCACCAUUUGGUUCAAAAAAAUAUGAUUAUACUAUUGAUAAAUCUCAACGUGGUCGUUUAAUAAUAACUGCACGUCGUCGACAAACAUCAUCGGAUUAUCGUCCAUCAAAUGAUAAAAAUCAUAUUGCUAUACAAACAUUUACAAUUCCAUAUGAUGCUGAUGUUGAUCAUUUACAAUCUCAUAUUGAACGUGAUACAAAUCGUUUAGUUAUUGAAAUUCCUCGUCAAAAACGUACAUAUUCACGUACACCACGUUCAUCACAUAUAAAUAAAACUUAUGCUAGUAGUCGUUUAAUACGUUCACCAGAUAUUGAACGUAUGUUAACAUCACCAACAGGUGGUCCACAAUUAAUACAUGAUGAUAGAAAAUCAAAUAGGAAAAGUACUGGUAAUAAUCGAAAACUUGAAUAUCGUAUUGAUUGUCAUGGUUAUACAGCUGAUGAACUUGAAGUAUAUAUUCAAGGACGUGAUUUAAUUGUACAAGGUAAAACUCGUAAAUCAACAUCACCAGAUCCAACACAACAACGUGUAUCAAAAAAAUUUUCACGUAAAAUAACAUUACCACAUACAGUUGAUUUAACAAAAGUUGUUUCUUAUUUGGAAAAUGGAGAAUUACGUGUUGAAGCACCACUUAAACGUGGAGUUUAUUAUAAUGAGGAAGAAAUUAUUAUACCUGGACCACCACCAUCAUCAUUAACAUCAAAUCGUCCAAUUUCAACAUUAGCAUCAAAUGUAGAAAAUCGUAUUCGAUCACCAUCACCAUAUAAUCGUCAUCAUUAUCGACAAAAUGAACGUAUGAGUCGUCGUCGAGAUUAUGAACGUUCAAAUAAUCGACCAUUAUCACAUCAAACACGACGUGUACGUUCCGUUGAAGCACUUCGUUAUCCUCUUUAUAGAUCACCACGUGAUCUUGAUGAAGAUGAUGAAGAUGAAGAUAAUACAAAAGAACAAGAAAAUCGACGUCGGCGAACUCUUGAUUAUGAACGUCAUAGUAAUGAUCGAAACGAAAUAGAACAAGAACGACCUGUAUAUAGAUCAGUUUAUUCGCCAACAACUAAUCUUGUAACUAAGACAACAACUACGACAUUAGGUCGUCGUCAUAAUUAUCCAUCUAAUGAUGAUAACUAUUUAAGAUUUUGA